UUUCUUUUAGUCUUUGGCAAGUCUCAAGGCUCGGAGGUCCUUGCUUGUCUCUCUACGAUCGACUCCUGCCGGAACUGAAAAAAAAAUGAAACUGAAACUUCUCAAACUCGGCCUAACGGUGCUGCUACUGGCGGUGGCUAUGACCGUUGGCGAAGAUGAGCUAGAGGAGGACCCAACGGAGGCGCCCACAGUGUUGGAGGGGGAAUUGGUGGGGGAGGUGGUGGAGGAAGUGGAGAGGCCCCCGCCAGACAGGAUAGAAACGACCAGCGGCCCCAUAGCCGGAAUGGAAGAAACGUCGACUAAAGGGAAUACAUUCUAUUCCUUCUAUUCCAUUCCGUUCGCAGAGCCCCCUGUCGGCGAUCUGAGGUUCAAGAUGCCCACCCAAGUCAAGGACUGGGAGGAGGUGAGAGAUUGUACUCAAAAGCCUCCGGUCUGUCUUCAGUAUGAAUUUCCAAUGAACAGUGACAUUAUUGGCCAGGAAGACUGUCUUUACCUUAAUAUCUUCACGCCUAAGCCCCACAGGGUAAACGCCCGGUUGCCAGUGAUGGUAUUUAUCCACGGGGGUGGCUUCUUCUGUGGGAGUAGCAACGAGUAUCCGCCAAACGUCAUGAUGAACCACGAGAUAGUGUUUGUCACUAUACAGUACCGCCUGGGCAUGAUGGGUUUCCUGUCCACCGAGGACGAAGACGCCCCUGGGAACUACGGGCUGAGGGACCAGACGAUGGCCCUGUCGUGGGUCCAGCGCAAUAUACACCUCUUCGGAGGAAACCCCGUGGGAAUCACUCUCUUCGGCGAGAGUGCCGGAGCCGCCUCUGUUCACUUGCAGAUUCUUUCUCCGAGGUCCGUCGGGUUGUUCCAAAGGGCCAUCCUGAUGUCCGGCUCCGCCCUGGCGCCCUUCGGUACGGGAGGCGCCUUCAAGGACGUCGCCCACUACACGGCCAAAAUGUUCAACUGCUCGACGGAGGCAGGGAGCGGCGAGAUCAUUGAUUGCUUGCAGAAGGUCCCUGCUGAAGAUCUGCUGUCUAUACAACAGCACUUCAAUAUCUGGUUCAUCAAUCCAUUCCUCUUCGCUCCGCGAGUGGAUGGCGACUUCCUCCCCACGGAGCCGGAGAUCCUCAUGAAGAACGCGCGUCACAAAAGAGUUGACCUGAUGUCAGGGGUCACCUCUCACGAAGGAGGACUCUAUUCGAUACCCAUCUACGCCAACGAAGGCUACAGGGCCGCCCUCAUGUUGAAUUUCGAACAGUUCGCGCCCAUCGCCCUCGAGUUUUCCGACGCAGACGUCUCCCCCCUGAACCAGACCAUCAAGAUAUUCGACAAGUACCUAAAAAGCGCCAAUAUCGACCUCCACACAGCCGAUAAUGUGACAGAGAUGUUCUCAGACCGUUACUUCACCAUCCCUCAUGACAUCACAUCCCAGAUGCACGCCAAGAAUGUCAGAAGGUGGCACAAGAAGGUCUUCGCUUACGAGCUGACUUACAAGGGAGAAAGGUCGCUCACCGAUAUGUACGGACUCGACAUCGGAAAGCAUUAUGUAUCACACGGUGACGACCUGAGCUACUUCUUCGAUGGCGGGUAUUUCAAGCCACUGGAGAAAGAGGAGGACCUGAAAGUCAGAGACAUCAUGACCACACUUUGGACCAACUUUGCCACUUAUGGGGACCCUACGCCAGACGACUCCCUAGGGUUCAAGUGGGAACCUCUCGCCAAGGAUAGCUACCACCAUCUCAACAUAAACCUCUCCCCAACGAUGGAGGAUGACUCCAGAGCUGAGAUUCGAGAAUUUUGGGAGACCCUUCCUCUGAUGCAAAACCUUCUCCUCCACCCCGAGAAGGUGUCGAACAUCACCAUUGUUCCCAUCGAUGAAGCCUCAAAGACCGAAGAUUCUCAGGAGGGAAACCCAGAGGGGGUUCAAGAAGAAAAAUCUGAGGCUACAACAAAUGAAUCGGGAGAAGAAGUCACGAACAAAAAGGAUGAGUUAUAAAUAAAUAAAAAAGCGAAGUCAUCAUUGCUAUCAUUUUUCUUAAUGCGUGUUUCCCCUUCUUGAAAUAAAAUAAAAUGUGGUACAGCUG